UUUCGGGGUAGCUUAUAGGGUAGCCUGUGUAACAUUGGUAGAGUGAUCCUGGCUCUAGCCAACAAAACACAACUAAUGGAUCAUUGUUGUCGUUCUGUUAUCUACUAACCACUAAAGCAAAUGCAUGGCUGUUUCCCUAAUUAUAACUGCGCCUGGAAACUCUAUCCAUUGUACUACUUUAUCAUAUUUAAUGCUUUCAGAUACAAGGAUUCAGCCAUUUAUACUCUACCCAUGAAGCACAAGGGGAUUCAUGGAUUCUUGGUGUAACCUUAUUUGAAAUAGGUGUAUCCAUGUUAGUUUCAAUUGCAUUCUUGUGGUAUAAGUCUAAAGUCACAAUGGGUUCUACCAUAAUGGCCCUAGACAGCCCCUCGUCAUCCCACUCAGGACAUGAUAACACACUAUGCCAAGGAAUCAAGCUCAAAUUUGUGGCAUUUGACUUUGAUGGAACAUGCACUACUAAAGACACCACUGGACUCUACUACAAAGCUACAGACCAGUACAGGGAUGGGCCAGAGAAUGUGACACAAACUCUUGACAAAAAGUGGGGGGAACUAGGAAAGACUUAUUUUGAGGGACACACAGCAACCAUAUCAAAAUUAUUACAAGAGACCCCAGAUCCAAUUCAUGGAUUGAAUAUAAAGAGUUUAAAGGAAUUUCUCUCUGAAGUGUAUGAGUUUGAUUCCUCAUGUACAAAAAGAGUUGAUGAUAGUAAAUUACUAGCUGGUGUUACUAAGGAAGGGAUUAAGCAAGUAUCAAAGCUUGUGGAGUUGAGACCAGGCUGUACAAGUCUUUUAAAUAAGCUAGACCUCCCUCUUCAUGUAAUCUCAUUCAACUGGUCAGAAGACUUGAUCAAAAAUGUUAUAAGUCUGAAACAUGUUGAAGUGUCUGCCAAUGAUUUUCAAUAUUAUAACAAUGGAUCUAGAUAUGUUGGUAGGAAGCUAUCAUCUCCUCAAGACAAAGAAAAUGAAUUCAUCAAACUUAUGCAAAGGCAUGCUGAAAUUGAUGGCUUGACAGUGUUCAUAGGGGACAGCAUCGGUGAUUUGCUGCCACUUCUCAAAGCCAAUAUUGGGAUUGUCAUUGGAAAUAAUCUAGAGCUCCGCAAGGUUGCAGCAGCAUUUGGGAUAAAAUUGGUGCCACUCACAGACUUUCAUAGUUCUUGUUUGAUAGUUGGGAACAGAUGUCAGGAGGAGAUGACCUCUUGUGCCACUAGGCAACAUGGAAAACUCUACGCAACAAAUUCAUGGGAUGAAAUAGGGAGCCUUCUUAUAGGACCACAUUAUGAGUCUGACUCAUAGUUAUGAACUAAAACAGUAUUUUAAUGGAUAAAAUGGUUAUAACAUUUACCUUUAUUGCACAGUCUACCAUUCUUUAGGACAACAUAGAUUAUUGUAAAUUGGUGAGAUGACUUGUAAAAAAAUGAUUGGGUUCUAUGUAUAACAAGAGUGUUGAUAUCACGCUGAUCAUUAAAAAUAAAUUAAUAAUCUUAGACAAACAAA